CCGAGGGGGGUUCGAGGGUGAGCCCGGCCCUGCCCCGGCCCCGCUGCCUUUGCCAGGCGGAGCCUCCGGGGACCCCGCCCAGGCCCCGCAGCGGGGCCAAAACCGGCGGGAGCGGAGCGGGGGCGCCGCUGCCGCCGGGACCGGAGCGCGGGGAGCCGAGCAGCUGCGAUGGCCGAGGAGCUCAGUGAGCUGCUGAAGGAGUUCGACGAGGUCAUGGAGGACUUUGACCGCGGCCCUGCGAGUCAGUACCAGCAGCACCUGGAGGAGCUGAAGAGGAAAGUGGGACAGAGUGUGUAUGACAGUGGCAUCGAUGAGCUGGAGAGUGCCAGCACAUCCCCAGGAAGCAGCCUCAACUCCAGUGAGGAGCACCUCAACACUCCAGCUGACACUUACCCUACCAAAGCAAAGCUUGGAGACACGCAGGAGCUGGAGGAGUUCAUUGCAGACCUGGAUAAAGCCUUGGAGGACUGUCACCAUCCUCUGUGUCAUCCUGCAGAGAUGUGAGCUGUGGUGUGGAGCCUGGAGAGAAGCAGCCCCAGCCCUGAGUCUCCCUGAUGCUGCCUCUGCUUCUGCACCUCUGGCUGGGGUGAGGGUGGCUCCUGGGCCCUGCGGGGGACAGGGAUGGGCAGUGGGGACAAAUCCGGCUGUGGGAUGGUGGUGGCAAGGCCCUGCCAGUGCCAGGAGAGGACAGCCCUGGGCAGCACUGGGCCCUGCCCUUUGUGGGGUCUGGCAGCUCUGGGGACUGAGGGGUUUGGGGGGCAGCUGGGCCACUGCUGAAGCUCCCAGAGUGAUUUGGGGGAAGAUCAGCUUGCAGGACAUCAGCGUGACCUCAGUGUCCCCCCCAGGCCGGGAAACUGUUCCUUGGUGGCAUCUUCCACUGCUGACCUUUGCUCUGCAUGGGGAGCCCCAAAUCGGGCCCCUCUCUGCCCCCCAAGUGCCUCUGCCCCAGCUGCUGCUGUAAAUACUGUGAAAAAGAUGUUGUAUGCUGUACAGAGGGGACGUGGUUCUGUAAACAGGAUUUUAAACCUC